AUGAUUUUGCAUGUCUGGGAUCUCCGAAGGGGAGGAGAACUGUUUUGUCAGAAAAACGGUCAGCUCGUACACACUGCUCUGCAUGGCUGUGCACAGCACAGCCAUACAAAGCAGUGUGCUUACAGUGAAGCACAAACACACGGCCCCAUAGUAGAACACACCCAGCACAGUUAACCCUUUGAUCAACCCUCAUGUUAACCCCUUCCUGCCCAGUGUCAUUAGUACAGUGUCAGGUUUUUUUUUUAGCACUGAUCACUGUAUUGGUGUCACUGGGGAUGUCAAUGACACCAAGUCAGGUCCCCCCAGUGUCAGAAUGCCCGCCACAGUACCGC